GCGAUUCCAUCUCGACACACGACCCAACCUUCAUCCCGAUCGCCAACGGUCCCUCGCACACGAGCGUACAGUCCGCACGCGCGCGAAAAAAAAUCAACAGAGAAAAGACAGAGAGAAGAGAGAGCCCUCCUCUGCUCGCGGUUUCUUUCUCGUUUCUUCUUCGAUCAAAUCGCGUCGAUCGACAGUUCGCGCGAACCGGUGAGAGAGCAGAACUUUGGGAGAGCCGCCGCCGAGAGAAGAGAACGAAGAGAUCGCCGCCGUAUCCGGCAAGUCGCCUGGGCAAGAGUUUUUUUCCCCGGAGGAGAGAAAAAAAGACAUAAAUCAUGAUGAUAAAAUUUGCUGUGGCAAUGAUAUGCAUCUUGGGGGUGAAGACGGUCAUCACCAUGCCGGUGGCCGAUCAUCACGAGGAGCAGGAGUCGCUGUCGGUUGUGCCCCUCGUUGAGAAAACCGAAACGGAGGCUCUGAAGGCGGCCGAGACGACCAAUUCGGAAGCCGCGCAGAGCAACGCGCCCGCGGAAGCCGCGGCUAGCCAACCGGCGCCGCAGCCCGCCGAACAACAAUCCGGUGCUCAGCAAGCGCCUGCUGUGAGGAGCAGCGAGUCGAGCGAGGAAACACAGUCGGUUGAAGCAAAGAAAGAAGAGCCAAAACCAAAACCGGCUGAAGAACCUCAAGCGCAGGCAAAAUCCUCCGAGGAGAGUCUCGAGGGAAAAGAAGAUCCGAAAGUCUUGGCUACAACCGAGAGUGAGAAGAAGCAGGAAGAACCUCUGAAGGAGGCGGCCAGCGAGGCAAAGGAAUCGGUCCAAGCCGCGCCGCAGGAGCAACCUGCCGCGGCUCCAGCUGAGAAGAAAGCGGAGGAACCGGUAGUCGCCGAAGGUAAGAGCGCGGAACCAGCGGAAGCGGAGAAAGUUGCGCCGAUCGAGAAGCGCGCCGAUGACGCCGCCGAGGUCGCCAAGGAGGAGCCGAAAGAGGAAAAGAAGUUGGAAGAGUCGCACUCAAUUCAUCUGAAGAAGCGAGUAGCCGAGCUAGCCGAGGGAGCAAUUUCGGGACCACCAGUUGCCUUUCCUGCCGCGAAGAGUCAUCAGAAGCAAAAGAGCGAACCAGUUGAGCAGCUCAAGGAACCUGUUCACUCGCCCGCGCACGCCAAAACCGCCGAGGAAAAACCCGACCGCGUAACCCGCGAGGCUGAGGAAGCGGCUGAUUCCCCUGUUGCCGCUCCCGCCGCUCCUGCCGCUCAAGAACCGGUUCAACCGUUAGAAAAAUCCGCUCCCGCCGCUGAACAGCCCGCAGCGGAAGCCGCAAAGCCAGCGGAAGAGCCGAAGCCCGCUGAGAAGAGCGAGAAGAUCGAGAAGAGCGAGCAGCUUGAAACGGCGCCUGCCGAGCAACAGGUUGUAAUAUCCGGAGAUCAGCAGGCCGCCAAGAGCGAGGAAAAGGUGGCUGAAGCAGCUGAGAAGGAAGCGAAGAGCGCCGAGGCUGCAAUCCAACAGCCCGCGGAAGCAGCUAAGGAACAAGAACAGCAGCAGCAGGCUCAGGAGUCAAGUCAGAUCAAGCGGGACACGGCGGAGACGGUCGAACAACCGCAAGCCAAGUCGGAGCCGCUUCCGGCCGCUGAAGAAUCGCAGCCGAACGAGCCUCAGCAACAACAACAACAGCAGCAGCAGCAGCCGCAAGAAGCCGCCAAAGAUCUGAAGGAGCGUUCCAACGACUCCUCUGAAGAAAAGACCUCCGAGGACAGCAAGGAGGAGUCCAAGGAGUCCAAGAGCAGCGAGGAAGACAAGUCCGAGGAGCAGCAGAAGGACGCCAAGGCACCCGAGGGAGCCAAGCCGGAGCUGCUCCCGAAGCCCGAGCAAUAAAUCUCGGACGGGCUCGAUCGACGAGUAACCUCAGCGCGGUAGCAGCAGCACCAUCUCGAGGAGGAAGAGGAGAAGAAGAAGAAGAAGAGAAGGAGAAAGAGAAGAACUGCUUCUCUCAGGGAUCGGGACGAGCUCGGGCACCGGUCUAAACGAAGGACACGUGCACGAAUUUGUCGCGAAACGAUAGGAGCAAAAAAAAAAAAAAAAAAAAAAAA